AUGCUGAAGCCGUUCUGCUACUUCUGCAACCGCGAGUUCGACGAUGAAAAGGUCCUUAUUAUGCACCAAAAGGCCAAGCAUUUUAAAUGUGGAGAAUGUAAUCGCAAGCUAGAAACAGCGAACGGUCUCGCCGUGCAUAUGCAGCAGGUGCACAAGGUCGUACAACGCAAGGUGCCGUUCGCCCUCGAGGGCAGAGACAACAUCAGCUCUAUUGUUCAAGGAAUGCAAGGAGUGCCCUAUGAGGCCAUAGAGGAACACCAGCUGAAGCAUCAGAAGAAAAUGGGAGACAUAGACACUUGCAAACAGCAGAGGAUCAGCUGGGCGGUGGUGAUGACGGCGCCGACGCCCGAGCAGUUCCUCGCGCAGCUCUCGGCGGGCAACGUAUACUUCCCGGGAUUUACUGCACCGCACGAAACUUACGUGACACCCAAGCAGUACCCCAUUGGGCAAAAUCUUUAUGCUAGCGCCGCCACUCAGGUGCCGACAUACGGGCAAGAUGGACAACCUCGCAGGCAGGGAGGGUCAGCUGGACCAUAUCACGCCGGCGGCCAAGAGGAGAGGCGCCCUCGGAGGUUUUCCGGUGGUUUAGGAACUGGCGCAUAUCAACCUCACGACGAAAUGGCGCGGCAGAAGGGCUUCGCACCCUCGGGUACGGGGCCGCUUAUCCUCGGGCCCACCGGUGUACCGAUAGAAGCCCCAAGUGCCGGCGGGUUCUCCGACGCCAGAGGCACCUCGCGGCCGAUGGUGGUGCGAUCCUUAUCUAUUGGCACAGGCUCUCUGGGAUUCACAUCUGCGCCUAAGGGAUUCAGUGACGGGCCAAUUCCGGCGGCGGUCAAUACUGCCGCGCGUAGCGACCCCGCCGAUCCCCACGGGUUCCGCAGGGUGGGAGGAUUCAGCGAUGCACCAAGCGGGUUUUCGAUGUCAGGUGGCUUCAGCGAUGCGAAAGGGUUUAGCGGGCCACGGCAAGAUCUCCAUACGCCGAAGCCUGGGUUCGCCGAUGCGCCUCAGACCGAUACUAGCACGGUGUCGGGGGCUGGCAGCUCACCGAUACUGUCUGAGCUAUCACCCAGAUCACCACAGGGAGCGUACCAGAGUCCAUACUUGCCUGUCGAAAGCGGAAGGACGGGCGUGACGACACCAGGCGACACGCCCAAGGCCGUGGAUACGCAAAUAUACAGAGCUUCCGGGGUCGCGCCUUUGUUCAUACCGCCACCCACUCUACUCAACACGAAGCUCCUGCACGAAGCUGACAUGGAGUCAAUCGAGGAGAUGCGGGCAGCCCGUCUCCACGGCUGGCAAGAGGUCUCAUGA